AUGACUAAAGUCAGACCGACGCAUACGCCUCAAUCACUAGUUCGUAAUUUUGUACAUUCUGAUAUACUUUAUCCAUCGACAACAACAUCGACUGGUUGUUACAAUACAACCCUGCACAAUGAUGCCAACUGUUCGAUGAGUAGUGAUACAAUCAAUAUACCCUUUCCAUCGCCAUCAUCAGUCUCAUUAUCACAGACUGAUCCUAUGAAAGAUGAUCAACAACAACAACAACAACAACCACCUAUUCAUACUGAUCAUGAAGAUGUUAUUGAAUCUGUGGAUAUUGAUCAUGAAUCAAAUAUUAUCGAUCAAGAUGUGGAUGAAGAAGAGGAUGAUGAGAAAGACUGUGCACUGGCUCCAUUGCAAACUCAUAUGCUCAGUACAAAUGUCCAGUCAAUGCAUUACUCGUCACGACCAAGGCAUAGAGGGAUCAAUCAAGUUGUUGGGCAGAAUUUAACUUAUCCACAACAAGUAAUGCCUUUCUUUCAUGGAAAUCUAUUGAAUCAAACCAGUCUACAACAAUAUCAACAACACCAGCAGCAACAACAUCAAGCUAGCUGCCUAAGUCAAUUACCGUCGACAAGUAAUCCAACUGCUGGGGGUUAUGCAUUUCAAGAUUUAGUGGAUUUCUCCAACCCACAAGCUUUACCAGCUGCAGCUGCUGCAGCUUCCCUACUACUCUUUCGAUCUACUGAUGAUGACGAUGAUUGGCUGCUAUUGAUCGACACACUGUUGGGGAGUAGUAAUGAAUAUCCAAAUCUGAUUGGUGGAAUACUUCCACCUCCACCAACAAUACAACUACCACAAGACCAAAUACAGUCAAUACGGUCGUUGCCUAUCUCACAACCGAUCCUUCAAACGCCUUUAUCAAAUCCUACACUGAUUAAUAGGAAUGUAUUGAACAGACGAAACAAUCUGCCAUACCAACAACAACAACAGGGCAGUCUCAAUCCACAAUCUUCUGGGAUCAUUCCGCAUCAUCGACAAAGCAUGACAGACAGUAAUGAAGGCACCAGUGAGCCUGUUGUCACACAAACUUCACCAUCAUCAUCAUCCAAUGUGUAUAGUAGUAAUCUACCGAGUUCAUCUUAA